GCCACGGGGAUGUGAUUGCAUGAGGUGUAAAAACACAUUAGAAGAGUUUCACUGCAGUGCACAGUUAAUGUUUGUUAAACUGUCGCUGCAGCUGCAGAGAACGCGUUAGCCACCUAGCUAGCUAGCUAGCUACGAGUCUGAAGUCCUGGCGAAUUCGUUAGCCAGCGAGCAGCUCCGUGUCAGUUUCAUGAUUUCUUGUGUCAUCUAGCUAGCUUACCACAUAUUUCCAGCAAUUUCCUAGCUAGCUAACUUAGCUAACGCUGCGUAUUUCCUGGUCUGAAAACGUUUGGUAACCGAGAAAGUUAAGCGAAUCGAAUAGUAAUCAACUUUACUCUUUAUCCAGUGUUAAAAUCACGAGGAAGAAUGUGGAGGUUUUUACCUUUGCAUACCAUAUUAUCUUAAUAUUGGUAGCAUGAGGGUUGUUUGUUAACGUUGGGCAGGUAACGCUAGGAAAUUCUGGGUGUUAUCCAUGUUUUCAGUAUAACCUUCUCCAUCGACAUGUCGCAAGUGUCACACAAGCACUGGCUAACAAUAUGGAGGAGAGAGUGAGGAAAAGCGCUCUAAAAUGGCGUUUGAGGGAAGCCGCCUGGAAUAUUCUAGACGUCGUUGCGGCUGAUGAUGAUACAGUGACCAUGUUCAACCAGCUUUACCCCUAAAGAACACAGCCAGCGGUGUAAACUAACGGUUAUUGUUGACGGCCGUGACAGUAAGGAGCCAGAACAGCUGAGGAAGCUGUUUAUUGGCGGCCUCAGCUUUGAAACAACAGAGGACAGCUUGCGUGCUCACUUUGAGCAAUGGGGCAAGCUCACAGACUGUGUGGUGAUGCGGGACCCGGGGAACAAGCGAUCACGAGGGUUUGGUUUUGUAACAUACUCAUGUGUAGCUGAGGUGGAUGCAGCAAUGAAGGCCCGGCCCCAUAAAGUCGAUGGCCGUGUUGUUGAGCCAAAACGGGCUGUUUCCCGAGAGGACUCAAAUAAACCAGGGGCCCACUUGACAGUGAAAAAGAUUUUUGUUGGUGGGAUUAAGGAGGACACAGAAGAGUAUCACAUACGUGAAUACUUUGAGCGGUAUGGGAAGAUUGAGAGCAUUGACAUUAUGGAGGAGCGACCAACAGGGAAAAAGAGAGGAUUCUGUUUUGUAACUUUCGAUGAUCAUGACACUGUGGAUAAAAUUGUUGCCCAGAAAUACCACACCAUAAACUCCCACAACUGUGAGGUCAGGAAAGCACUACCCAAACAGGAAAUGCAGGCAGUUUCUAACCAGAGAUAUCGUGGUGGUGGUGGUGGUGGUGGUAGUGGGGGUAAUUUCAUGGGCAGAGGAGGCAACUUUGGAGGAGGCAAUUUUGGUAGAGGAGGCUAUGGAGGAGGCAGAGGAGGCUAUGGAGGAGAUGGUUAUAAUGGAUUUGGUGGAGAUGGUGGUAAUUAUGGUGGUGGCCCUGGUUAUGGGGGUGGACGUGGAGGAUUUGGUGGGGGCCCUGGCUACGGUCACCAAGGAGGAGGAGGAGGCUUUGGAGGAUAUGAUAACUACAACGAUGGACGCAAUUUUGGAGGAAAUUUCGGUGGCAGUGGAGGAGGUGGAGGUGGAGGAGGAAACUACAAUGACUUUGGAAAUUAUGGAGGCCAGCAGUCAAACUAUGGCCCCAUGAAAGGCAAUAACUUUGGAGGGAGGAACUCAGGUGGACCGUAUGGAGGUGGCUAUGGUUCAGGUGGUGGUGGCGGUGGUGGUUAUGGCUCAAGGCGGUAUUAAUGCAUCAGGUGGACAGUUAGCAGGAGAUGAGAUGAGAGGAGAGGUCAGGAAAGCAGCAGGUUACUGUGAGAAAGCCAGGACCUGCUAGUCAGAGCACUAAAAAUGGCAACUCAAAGAAGGACUGUGCACAUUAGCUACAAAGAGCAAGAGUGUAGCCAGGUACUCAUGAUCUAGUAUGUGUUAGUGUAUGUACAUUCCUUUGAUCCUCUUUGCUAGAUUUUACCUCAUUUUCUUUUACUUUAUUGUGUACUUCAGAAAACCUGCUUUAUUUUCUUUUCGGAGUGAUCUAUCAAGUGUCACAGUCGUUGAAGUCAGCUUUUAAAUGGUAUGGUCUUAAAUGAUUUUCUUUCCAGGCUACCAGAUUUGUAUCUUUAGAUUAUAUAGGUAUUUAGUUAUUACACAAGAAUCAAACAAACUAGAUGAAAGCAUUGGUAUGGUUUUUUGGUUUGAGUAUUAUUUUAUUAUUUUAAUUUUUUUUUAAGGCAGUGAUGUUUUAUAGUGUCAAGUGUGAUUUUUCUGUUGCUAGUGUGUAUGUGCUGUCUUGCGCUGUAUGAAACAAAGUAAUAAGCAGUGUAGACUUGUCAGAUUUGAGGGCAUGUAAAAGAUCCACUUGUAUAAAUAGAAGUCUAGAUUGUUAAACUAUUUUGAAAAGUGAAAAAAGAAACCAGAUUAAAUAAAGUUGUGUAGAAAAAUUCCCUAAUUGAAGUUUAGUGCAUUAUUGAGUCUGGAAACAAGUACAGUUGUCCUGCGUGUUUGUUGUAUGAUUUGGUUUGAAAGUGUUGGACAUUAUGGAUUUAUUGGCUACAUUUUUAAAACCAUACAUAUAUAAAUAAGUAAAGGGGUCUUGAACGUGUAGGCAGCGAACAUCAAACAGGUUUCAGUUGUCCAGUGUGGAUGUCAGACCCUCAACAGGACCAGUCAGUGAGUUGCAACAGAAAACAUAAAAAUCAAGGGAUCAAGAGCCAUGUCUGUGGAAAGCCAUCAGGUGUUCCUCCAGAAAGCUAGCGUCUGUUUUUCAAGGAGUAGCCUAACUUUCCAAGAGCAGCUGACGCUAGUGAAGAAAGACUAGCAAGUUCAUGGAUCCCAGAAGUGUGACAGCCAAUGCUAGCCAGCAGAGGAAGGGGAGUGAGUAUGAGGGUUUGAGACACAGUUGAAUAAGAGACAAAAGAAGAAGAAGAUGGCAGUCUUAGGACCAGGUAAGAGUAACCAUUCUGCUUAAUUUACAGAUUGAAAAUGAAGCGGCUGGUCAGAAAAUCUUGUAUGACACGUUUUCAACGAAAGUUCUGGAUGGGUAAGAUUAAUUCUUUAAAUUGUGUGGACCUUUAUAAAAUAUCCUCCCAUAACCACAGACAGAACCUGAUCAUGAAAUGUUCGAGAGCGCUACAGUUACUGUGAGUAUAUUAGUAGGUGAAAAAGAUCUCAUAAAGAGCAGUAACAUAAUCAGAUUUAUUAAUGUCUGUAUUAAAUGACAAAAUAUAACAGCAUUGUCAUACAAGGAUGAAGGAACUGUAACCGUCUUUACCAAGUGGUGCUUUCACUAGAGUACUUGGAACUGUUAAUAUUAAUAUGACACAGUGGUAAAAGUAUUUUAUGUUAUAUUUAUGUUUUACUUUGUCAACUAACCAAGAACGUGAAUUUAGCCAUAAUUUUACUCAAAUCAAUGAAACCUCAGUGUUCACAGGCUCACAGACAACGCGGUGAAAAACAUGGGUAGAACGUAAGAGCUACUCACUACUCAAAUAUACAUUAUACACAGUGUCACUUCUUAUAUAAAUAUUGUUAAGUGUAUUCUUUAUAUAACAUAAAUAUGCAAAAAAUGUGUAUAAAUUUGUUCCCACAAGUUGAUAUAUUUUGUUUAAUCUUUCAGCGCAUUUUUAUUAAGGGAAAUUAAGCAUAAAUCUGCAUAAUUGAAUGGUUAAGAUGCAAAAAGGAAUGUUACUCAGAGUGGUUUGAUAUGAAAUGCUCUAUUCUGAAGAAACUCACUGAGUCAAAAUUGUUCACAGUGGUAGUGAUAAGAACCAGAUGUUUGAAGUAAUUAGGGCCUCUUGCAGCUCCUUCACAGAAAGUAGUUAUAAUAAUGGUUAUUAAAAUGCUGCCUGAUGUUGAAAGCAUCAUUUUGCACGUUAGUUUUGUUAAAGGCUUUGGCCUUAACAAACUCUGUUUUUUUUAAAUACUCUAACAGUAUUGAGGUAAGUGUUGCAUAUAAAAACACAAGACUUGUGUGGUCAUAUUGGAUAAUACACAAAAUGGCUAUUUUUGUGUUAUGGACAUCAAAACCCCUGGUUUCUGUCACCACCACUGUAAAGACAUCUUGAGUCAGUAAGCUUCUCUGCAAAGAACCAUUGAUUUUGUUUACAUAUCAACCAUUGAAUUGCACAGAAAAAAUCUAAAUAAGUGGAGGUACAUGGGGACUGCACAAGUUAAAACAAACAGUAUGACCUAGUCCAGAAAACAAAGUUUAUUUUUUAGAGUUGUUUCAACUCUAAAAACUUUUACUAGUAUGCCUGUACAAUGAAAAAAGUGCAUUUAUAUAAAAGUACAUAUAAGUACAUAUCUCCUUUCCAGAUAACGUUAAGUAUUAUUCUAUCUGUAUGACUGACCUUAACUCAUGUAAAAUUAGAUAUGGAUUUAAAAGAUUUUUAAAUGCUCUAUUUAUAAGAUGAAACUAAUUGGACUUUUGCCUGCAUUAAAGAUAAUGUGCAGUUUUAUUACCUGCUAAUUCAACAGUAGUACACUGUGCUUAACUGACCACACCCUGGAGAUCAGAAUUGAUCACAUAGUAUAGUUCAACUACAGACUAGCUUAUAUUUCCUAUUAUUUGGAUAUGGGAGGAUAUUAUUUAGAUAUAUAAUAUUUUUCCCCUCGGGGAUAUUAGUAAGUUGUUUCUUUGAUGUACAUCUUGUUUUUGUUUAUCAGAAUAUUUAUACUUUAGCUUUGUGUGAAUGUAUGUGCCUCCCAUGACACUAUUUUUCAAUAAAGGUGAUUUUAACAAAUCA